AUGGCGAGGACUGUGCUUGUAGACGUUCGUAUGCCCGGAGAGUACGUAACUGGAUUCCUAGGCUCGGCCAUCAACAUCGAAUAUCAGGACAUCAGCCAGCUUGCUCAACGUGCCAGCAAGACAGAUGAGAUAACACUUUAUUGCCGCUCUGGCCGUCGAUCUGGAAUCGCUCGUGAGACUCUCAAGUCGUUGGGUUUCGAGAAUGUGCGCGAUAUCGGCGGAUUGGAAGAGGCCAGAGAAACACUCCGAAAGGAAGAAAUUCAGCGA